AUGGCCAAUGUUUUUCGUCAAUUUUUAGUUGAUGUUGAAAAUGGAGAUGUUGAUGCUGUACAAAGAAAUAUUACAAAUGGAAUUGAUUUAGAAACACGCGAUGAAGAUCAACAAACAGCAAUUAUUUUAGCAGCGCGAUGUAAUCACUUGGAAUGUGUUAAAGUUCUUCUUGAAGCGAAUGCUGAUGUCAAUGCCGAGGAUGUGGAUAAUUGGACUGCUUUAUUAAAUGCAUGUCAAAAUGGAAAUGUAGAAAUUGUACGUAGUCUUAUUGAACAUGAUGCACAAAUUGAACAUUGUGAUUGUGGACAAUUUACACCAUUAAUGUGGGCAUCUUAUCAAGGACAUUCAAAAAUUGUUGAAUAUCUAUUAAGAUGUGGUGCUAAUGUUGAUGCAAUUGAUCAACAUGGAAUAUCAAGUUUGAGUUGGGCAUCAGGCAGAAAUUAUACUAAAAUUGUUGCAUUAUUACUUCGAGCAGGUGCUUCACCUAAUUUAUGUGAUAAGAAUAAUACAACACCAUUAAUUUGGGCUAGUCGAAGUGGUUAUACAGAAGUAGUCGAUUUAUUAUUAAAAUCGAAUGCUAGUGUUAAUAAUAUUGGAAUGAAAAAUAUGACAGCUUUAUUAGCUGCAACAAAAGGUGGACAUAGUGAAACUGCUCUUCGAUUAUUAGAAAGUCGAGUUAUUGAUAUUAAAAUACAAGAUAAAGAUGGACAAACACCAUUAAGUCAUGCAUGUGCACAAGGUCUUACUGAUGUUGUUGCCGAACUUAUUAAACGUCAUGCAUAUGUUAAUACAGUUGAUAAAAAUGGUGAUCCAGUUCUUUUCUUUGCUGUUAAAGGUGGAAAAGAAGAUUGUGUUGCACAUCUACUUGAUAAUCAUGUUGAUAUAAAUGCUAUUGGUUCAGAAAAUAAAACAGCUAUAUGGUGGGCAGUUGAACGAGGUCGACUUGAUGUUGUUAAAUAUUUACUUCAAUUUAAUCCAGAUGUUGAAGUUGGAAGUGGUGAAGAUGAUGAUACACCACUUUUAUUAGCUACAAAACGAAAACGUGUUGCUAUUGUAUAUGAACUGAUUAGAUAUGGUGCUAAAUUAUCAUCAACUGAUCGAUAUGGAGAUAAUAGUUUACAUAUUGCAUUACGUAAUCGUAGUCGAGAUAUUGUUGAUAUUCUUCUUUCAAAUCCACGUCAUUCAAAAUAUUUAUAUCGACCAAAUAAACGUGGUGAAACACCAUAUAAAAUUGAUGCUAGUCUACAAAAGAGUAUUUUAACAACUAUUUUUGGACAACGUACAUUAAAUUUAAAUGAUGAUUCUAUUCUUGGUUAUGAUUUAUAUUCAUCAGCAUUAGCAGAAAUUUUAAGUGAACCAUCCCUUCGAACUCCAAUUACCGUCGGUUUAUAUGCAAAAUGGGGUAGUGGAAAAUCUGCAUUAUUAUCACAUUUAAAAGACGAAAUGUAUAGUUUUGCACAACUAACAGAUUUUCCCACAAUGAAAUUUUCUCCAUUACUUAUCUCAGUUAUUAUUCUUAUGGCAUUAACUAUUGGUCUUAUAACUGGUUUUACAAUCCAUUAUAUUGUUGGUAUAUCACUUGGUGUUGGUUCGAUAAUUAUUUCAUUAGCAUUUAUAUAUUUUAUUCGAUAUUUUAUUCGUCAUAAAGAUUAUCUAUGGACAACUAAUAUAGCACAAUUUAUAAAUAAACGUUUGGAAAUUUUAAGAUUUUUACUUCAAGUUCUUUUUAUGAAUCCCUAUAUGCAUCGUCGUUUAAAAACAAAUGAUACAAUUGAUUGUCAAAAAAUGAAAUUUAUUUAUACUGAAUAUGGAAAAGUAUCGACAGCUGAAGGUGAAAAAGCAAGUGCUGGUAUGAUUGCUGAAUUAGCAAUAAAUGUUGAAGAAACAUUUGGUGUUGUUGCAACACGUCUUUGUCGUGCACUUCAUUCGAAAGAUUUAAGUCGUCAUCGAUUUCGAUAUAUAUGUUGCAUGCCAGCAUUCAUGUUUGUUACUAUACAAAUAUCUCUUGUUAUAGCAUUAACUAUUCUAGCUUUGAUAAAUGGAAUACCGUCGAGUAAUCGUUCAGUUAAUACAGCUUAUAUAACAUUGAUAAGUAUACUUAGUGGUUCAAUAUUACUUAGUUGUGCUACAUGGUUACGAUUAUUAUUUGGAUUAAUGAAAUCACCUAAAUCAAAAAUAAUGAAAUUUUCAGAUAAUUCAUCACGUCUUAAUGAAAGUGCAAUUUAUCGACUUAAAAAAGAAGUUAGUCAAUUGUCAUAUAUCAUCAAAUGUGUUGAAGCUUUUCUUAGUAUUAAUACUCGUUUAGUUGUAUUAAUUGAUGGUUUAGAUGUUUGUGAACAACAACGAAUUCUUCAAAUACUUGAUCAAGUACAUGUAUUAUUAACAAAAGAAAAUGAUCCAUUUAUAACAUUAAUUGUUUGUGAUCCACAUAAAAUGAUGCAAGAUUUAUCAACAGCAAUACCAGUAACAACAACAACAACUGCUCAAAAUCAAGGUUUUGAUACUACUGUUAAUGGUCAUGAUUAUUUACGUUCGAUUAUUCAACUUCCAAUUUAUUUACAAUUAAAUCUAAGUAAAACAAAACAAUUAAAAAAAAAUGCAGAUGGAUUUCCAAAAAAAAGACAAAAUACUCUUAAUUAUGGUGCAUCGAUUCUUGAUGUUAGUACCAAACCACCAACAGCAGCAAAUAAUAAUAAUAAUAAACUUCCAAAAAAUAAACGACGUCGACAACGACGAGAUACAUUACCAAAUACUAAACCAGUAACAUCAUCAGAAUUAACACAUCAAUUAUUAAAAUCUGAUUAUUUUCUUGAUAUUAAUCCAAGAAUUCUUCAACGUCUUAUUAAUAUAAUUGGUAUGACUGGUCGAUUAUUACGAGCAAAUCAAGUUUUAUUUAGUUGGAAGCGUCUUGGAUGUUGGUCAUAUUUAGUAGAACAAUGGCCAUAUCGUAUUACAUGGAUUAUCGUUUAUUAUGAAGAUCAUGAACUAGAAUAUCCUGAAGAUCCUGUAUUAAAAAAUCUCUAUGAUAAAAUUAAACCAUUUAUUCCAACAGCAAAUGAUCCGCUUUUAGAACUAGAUCGUAACGGACGUAAAUUUGAACUUUGUCUAGAACGUGGUGAACCUACUUUAACUAUUACUGAUUUAAAACAAUUUCUUCCAUGUACAUGUAAUCUUGAUCCAUAUUUAAAUAAACUUAUUCGAGAUUCAGCUGCCUAUUUUUAUAUGAAUAAUACUGAUGAAAAUGGUUUUAUGAAUGGAGAUCCUUCGAGAUUUUUUGGUCGUCGUGAUUCCACUUUCUCUGGACGUGGUGGAUAUGUUCCACAAGCAUCUAUGGGAAGACGUAAGAGUGUUUUACAUCCAAGAUUUAGUAAUGCUGGACCUGAUGUUAUUGGAAAUCAACCUCGUCAUUCAUUUGAUUUUCUAUCACAUCGUUUAUUCUCUCAAAUAGCAAUGAAAAAACGUGCUGAUGAUGAAGAAAGUAAUGUUCGUACAUCAUCUAUAUCAUCAACAACAGGACCUAUGCCUAAUCCAUUAAUUAAUUCCAAAGCAACUACAUCUAAUGAUACAUCUGGCAAUGUCAAAAUCGAUUUAUCAUCACCGUUAAGUCAAAUGUCUGUGAGUGAUGUAUGUGAUUGUUUAAAGAAUGAUAUUGUUGGUUUGAAAACAGCAAUGAUAUCAGUUUAUACACAAGAUAUUACUGAAUAUAAUCUAAGUGGUCAAGUUUUGACAACAUGUGAACUCGAUGAACUUAAACAAGUUCUUUCAAUGACAUUUGGUGAUUGGGUAUUAUUUAGUAACUGGAUUGCAACUAAACGUGAACAAGAACGACGUUCACGAUUUCAUAUUCAAUCGCAGACGUCAUCAACAAUUAAUAAUAAUCAACAACAUCAACAUCAACAUCAACAUCAACAACAACAACAACAUAUACCAAAUAAUGAUGCUUUUCAUGAAUAUCAAUUUUAUUCGGAAAAUAGUCUUGAUAUGGGUUUUGAGCCACAAAUUCGUGAGAUUGUGGAACGGUCAGAUAUGCCGUCCACAGGCCAACGUUUAACACUCAUGUUCUCAGCUACUUUUCCAAAACAAAUUCAGGAAUUAGCACGUGAUUUUCUUCAUGAUUAUGUCUUUUUGGCUAUUGGUCGUGUAGGUUCAACAUCACAAAAUAUAACGCAAAAAAUUGUUUGGGUAGAAGAAACUGAAAAACGUUCAUUUUUACUUGAUUUACUAAAUAUUCAAUCUGAUACAUUAACUUUGGUAUUUGUUGAAACAAAACGAGGAGCUGAUAUGCUUGAAGAUUUUCUUGGCAAUCAUCAAUAUCUCGUGAACAGUAUUCACGGUGAUCGAUCACAAGCUCAACGUGAAGAAGCAUUAAAAUCAUUUAAAAAUGGUCGUACACCUAUACUCGUAGCAACAAGUGUAGCUGCUCGAGGUCUUGAUAUUCCGAAUGUAAAACAUGUUAUUAAUUUUGAUUUACCAACGGAUAUUGAUGAAUAUGUUCAUCGUAUUGGUCGAACAGGUCGUGCUGGUAUGACAGGUCAAGCAACAUCUUUUUUCAAUGAAAAGAAUCGUAAUAUUGCUACAGAAUUACUCGAUAUUUUAACUGAAGCCCAUCAAGAAAUACCUGAAUGGCUUGAAGGUUUAGCGAGAGAAACUAAAAAAGAUAAUUAUUCUAAACGAAAUUAUGGUGGUGGCCGUCGACCUGGUGGUUUUGGUGCACGUGAUUAUCGUAAUCCAUCUCAAUUACGCGGUAGUCGAGGCGGUGGCGGUGGCGGCGGUAGUGGUAGUGGUGGUAAUAAUCGUCCAGGUAGUUCAACUAGUGGAUAUAGUAAUCAUCAGCAACAAUGGGAAGGAGCCAAUGGUAAUGCCGGUAGUAAUAUGUGGAGUGGUGAUCAUCAGUCAGGUAGUGCUGGUGGUUAUGAUCGUUUUCAACCACCAACUGCUAGUGGUAAUGGUAAUCGACAAACAGAUCAAAGUUGGUGGGAUAGUACGUCAUGA